AAGGGGCGUGGCGAGACCGGAUAGUAAGACGAGGUUAUGCAACCACGGGACUUAACCGCCAGGAUGGUCGGGCCCCAGCGGUCCCGAGGGUGGCCUGGGCCGCGAGGCGCGAGCCGGGCGCAGAGGGCCGCCGGCCUCGGCGAGGAGGUGAGGCCCGGAAGUUCUUUAGGACCCGAGCCGCCCUGCGUGACGCGCCGGGGCGGGGCUUCGCGCCGUCGGGGCGGACGCUGCGGCGGAGGGCGGGGCCAGCGCGCGCGGCGCAAGAUGGCGGCGUCCGGGGCCGCCGCGCCGGUGGGGAACGUGUUCCCGUUCCGGGACGCCCGCGCCACCCCAGACCCGGUGCUGGAGGCCGGCCCGGUGGCCCCAGGGCCGCUGCCGGUGCCGCUGGUGCUGGACAACGGGUCGUUCCAGGUCCGCGCCGGCUGGGCGUGCCCCGGGCCGGACGCGGGCCCGGAGCCGCGCCUGCAGUUCCGCGCCGUGUGCGCCCGCGGGCGGGGCGCGGCGCGGGGCGGGGCGGGCCCGCAGGUGGGCAACGCGCUGGGCAGCCUGGAGCCGCUGCGCUGGAUGCUGCGCUCGCCCUUCGACCGCAACGUGCCGGUCAACCUGGAGCUGCAGGAGCUGCUGUUUGACUACUGCUUCCAGCACCUGGGGGUCUCCUCGCAGGGCUGUGUGGAUCACCCCGUCGUUCUGACAGAAGCGGUGUGCAACCCGCUGUAUUCGCGACAGAUGAUGUCCGAGCUCCUUUUUGAGUGCUACAGGAUUCCCAAGGUGGCCUACGGAAUAGACAGCCUGUUCAGCUUCUACCACAACAAGCCAAAGACCUCCAUCUCCAGCGGGCUCAUCAUUUCAUCUGGGUACCAGUGCACACACAUUUUACCCAUCUUAGAAGGGAGAUUAGAUGCUAAAAAUUGCAAACGCAUCAAUCUGGGAGGAAGCCACGCAGCUGGCUACCUCCAGCGCCUCCUGCAGCUGAAGUAUCCUGGGCACCUGGCAGCUAUCACCCUCAGCCGCAUGGAGGAGAUCCUGCACGAGCACAGCUACAUCGCCGAGGACUAUGCAGAAGAAUUGCAGAAGUGGCGGUGCCCUGACUAUUACGAAAACAAUGUGCAUAAAAUGCAGCUCCCGUUCUCCAGCAAACUCCUCGGCAGCACUCUGACCGCCGAGGAGAAGCAGGAAAGGCGGCAGCAGCAGCUGCGGCGGCUGCAGGAGCUGAACGCCCGGCGGCGGGAGGAGAAGCUGCAGCUCGAUCAGGAGCGGCUGGACAGGCUGCAGUACGUGCAGGAACUUCUAGAGGAUGGCCAGAUGGAUCAAUUUCACAAAGCUCUGAUGGAGCUGAACAUGGACUCCCCAGAAGAGCUGCAGUCCUACAUACACAAGCUCAGUUCGGCUGUGGAGCAAGCUAAGCAGAAAAUCCUCCAAUCCGAAGUCGCCCUCGAGGUGGAUGUGGUGGACAGCAAGCCUGAGCCCGUGUUUAACUUGGCAGCAUAUCACCAGCUGUUUGUUGGGACAGAAAGAAUUCGGGCUCCGGAAAUUAUCUUCCAGCCGUCUCUCCUGGGCGAAGAGCAGGCUGGAGUAGCGGAGACCCUCCAGUACAUUCUGGACAGGUACCCAAAGGACAUUCAGGAGGUGCUGGUUCAGAACGUUUUCCUCACUGGCGGGAACUUGAUGUAUCCUGGGCUAAAAGGUAGAAUCGAGAAGGAACUAUUGGCGAUGAGACCCUUUCAGUCAUCUUUUCAGGUUCAGCUUGCUUCUAACCCUGUGCUGGACGCCUGGUAUGGUGCUCGUGACUGGGCCUUGGACCACCUGGAUGAUGAUGCCGUCUGGAUCACCAGGAAAGAAUAUGAAGAGAAGGGAGGAGAGUACUUCAAGGAGCAUUCUGCUUCCAACAUCUACGUCCCCAUCCACCUGCCAAAGCAGGCUUCACGCUCCUCAGAAGCCCAGGCGUCAGGCAAAGGCUCAGGGGCCAGUGGAGGCAGUGCUGAGCUCCCUAUUGGCCAAGCCCAACGAAAGCCAGAGAGCCUGGCUGAUAUUGUCCCCCCAGGUCAGUCUCCUGGGGGCAGAGACCAGAGUGGAGAAGGCUGGAAGGGGACCUGAAUGGAGCAAAUGAGUGAAAUCUGUCACCAGCAUGACAGACAAUGCCAUGAGGAUGCAAAUCAGCAAAAUCCAGAAUGCAGAAAGUUCUCCUGGACUAACAACCUUCUUUUCUCCUUCCCUCCAUCAAAUAAAUCGCCAAGAGGAAAGAAAGAGGCAGGGGAAGCUAUAAAUUAAACAACGUUUUUUUCUUCCCUAGCAAAUAAAUUGCAAGAGGAAUAAAAAGAAGGGGAGGGCUAUAAAUUAUAAGACAUUUCAAACAACACAAAGUAUAGAUCUUCUUUGGACCUGAUUCUAAUAAGUCACUGUUAAAAAAAAAAAAAACUUCUGAAAAAACCAGGGAAAUUUGAGCACAGUUUGGAUAUUUGAGUAUAUGAAAGAAUUAUUGAUGGGUUUUUAUUUGUAGAAGUAAUGUGCUAUGGAGCGAAGAGAGAGAGGGGGAGGGGAAGAGAAUGAAUGAAUGAAUGAAUGAGAAUACGUAUAGAGAUACAUUCAAAAGUGUCUGGGAUUUACUCCAAAAUAAUCAAGUGGGAUACAAGGGAGUUGGAGGGGGCAUGUAUGAAAUAAGAAUUGCUUGACUGACCGGUGUGGCUCAGGGGUUGAGCUCCAACCUAUGAACCAAGAGGUCAUGGUCAGGGCACACUGCAGGCUCGAUCUCCAGUAGGGAGUGUGCAGAGGGCAGCCAAUCUAUGAUUCUCUCUCAUCAUUUACAUUUCUAUGUCUCUCUCCCUCUCUGAGAUCAAUAAAAAAAAAUUUUUUUUUUAAAGAAACAAGAAUGGCCAUGAGUUCAUUAUCAGGAAUAUGGGGAUAGCUACAUAGGGUGCAUUAUCUU